ACAGUAGCAGCAAGAUAUAGUGGCCUUCAAAAAGAAGUUUUAUCUCUUUAUAGGAAAUUUAUAAGGGCAUCACAAAAUAAAGAUAAAAUAAAUAAUGUAUCCCCUAAUAAUAGUUCACAAUCCAUUACAAAUUAUAUUAGAAAUCAAUUUAGAUUAAAAGCAGGUCAAGUUUCAAGAAGAGAAAUAAAUAAAAUAGAAUUACUUUUAUUAAAAGGAAGAAGACAAUUAGAACAGGUUCAAGACCCACAUUAUUCAGGUUUUCAAUUAUCUUCAUUUUCACCAAAAUUAAAAUAA